UUUAACAAAUAUUGCCAUGUAAAUUUGAAAUGAUUACUUUGUUUAAGAUAUAUAAGGUUUGUUUAGAGAUAUUUUUAAAAAAUAUAUUUGCAAAAUUUUUCUAAUAAUCUUGCAAGUUUAGGCUCGCACUGAAGCUUCCUAAGUUUCAAGAUGGACGACUGUACGUUGGAAAAGCUCGUUGUGAAACCAGGCAAAUUACUUCCAAGUUUUGAUAAAAAUCACCUUGAAUAUGAAGUAACCGUACCAAGUAGCGUCCAAAAAAUUAAUAUUGAUCCCCUGACGAGCGAUUCUGGAGCGUCUUACUGCAUAUUCGGUGGGGAUGGUGGUAAGGAUGUUCCCCUUAAAGAGGGUGCAGUGACAGAUGUAAAGAUAGAAGUGACUUCUGAAGAUGGGACCAUCAAACAUUAUUUUAUACACGCCAAGAGAUUGUCAGCUAAGGAUGCCUUCCUAAGUGAUCUGGAACUGUCUGUGGGUGAUCUCAAUCCAGAAUUCAAUCCUGAUGUCUUCAGCUAUUCUUGUCUUCUGCCUUGUAAUGUUGCCCAGGUUGUGCUGAAACCAAAGGCUCCAGAUAACAAAAAUGUGGUGCUAGUCUGUGGUGAGAAACCAGGCACCCCGACAGCACUGAAUGUAGGGGAGACAAAUGUCACCAUAGAGGUGACAUCAGCUGAUGGCUCCAACAAAAAGACUUAUGUGUUGGAUGUGAUUAGAAAACAAAUUCCAAGAUUUGUGAAGCUAGUGGAUGAUAAUCUGGCCAAAGAAUUUGAAUGUCCCUUUACUCUGAGUGCUUUAUAUAGGCCUAUCAGCAUCCAAGGAGGUAGUCCAAAGAACACAUACUCUGCUCCGAACAUUGACGAGAAGACUCGCAAAACCAAAAUUGAUCCCCUUAGUGGAAUGCCAUUGGGAAAGGACUGGAGAAUUGUAGAUUAUGAGUUAGAUAAAAAAAUUGCAGUUGCAUUGGCUACAAUUCCUCUCACUAAUGGAAAGACUUUAGAUCCAACAAAGUUUUCUGAACUGGCAGCUGAAAUUGAGAAGUGUAAUGUUGUUCUAGCUGUGGAGGAUGUCACAGACAAAUUUAAGAAUGUGAUGGCCUCUGUCAAGCAUUCUGUGGAGGUAAGAAAGUGGGAGAAGAACUUGAUUCAAAUAUUUGAUGAAAGUGAUGUGGGCACUCUGUGCAAAAAUGCAGAGAUUUGUGUAAUGAAGUACUUUUCCUCUUUACCCAAAUCAGGACAAUCUAAACAAUGGCCCCAUGGUGAGAGGCCACUGGAUUUUUUGGAGCAGGCUUCUUUUAACUAUGCAGUUGCCAUUAAAAGUAAACCAAAAGAUGCUUCGCUACACAUGAAACUGGGUCAGGUGCUGGAGGAAAGAUACUAUACAGAAGAUUUGUUUGGUCUUAAAAAAGAGGAAGGUGGUGAAUCUUUGCCUUCUUUCAACUUCGAAGCAAAAGAGAGUUCAAAAGAAGAGGAAUGUGCAGCAAUUUGUCAAUUACGAGGAGUGGACGCAGCCACUGCCCCAAUAGCCCUACAACUGAAGGCGAUCGAUGAGGAAUAUCACCAUCUUGUGAGCAGUGGGCAAAGCGGCAAAUCAGACCAUGUACAGGGCUUGUAUGUGUGGAAAUCGAAGAUGGCAUCUCAGGAAGGGAUGGCAGCCCAAAAAGCACAGGAUGAGGAAUCAUCCCUCGGCCAGGCUUACCUGAAAUAUAUGGAUGCACUGACCUUGGAUGAACCCAAAGCCAUUUACAACUUCCAUGUAGGACGCAUGCUUGUGAUACAAGGAAACUUUGAUGAUGCAGUGAAAAGACUCGAAGCUACUCUAAACUGGAAUCCUAAGCACCAAUUUGCAAAAUUCUACUUGGGACUGGCACUGGCUCUUCAGAAGAAUGGACCUGGUGCUCGGGCCAAGGAGACUAUUACCUACCUCCUAGAAGCCAUGGAAACACUACUGACAGAACAAACAAAUGCAGCUAUGACCUCAGAUGACCCCAGAAAUAUACCACCUAUAUUACAUUCAGAUAAUUUGUUAAGAUCAUCAAAUGUUCAUCUCCUAAGAGGAAUUGUAAAUUUAGGAAAACUGUUACAGAAAAAUACAGAUGUAAAGGAUUGCAUGUCACCAGAGCAUGUGUUUCAUACCUCUGCCUUGCUAGCCUCCCAGGUCCUCCCCUACAUCUCUCGCGGCGACACCUACAAACAGCUGGAGUGGGUGCUGCUGGAAUCACACUCCAAUCUCCUGGACAUCCUCCUCAAGGACCCAGUCAAAAAUGCCACCCUCAUUGAACAGAGGUGUCAACGACUAUCUGCCCUUAUCAUGAACUCCACACUGCCAAUGAAUGAGGACCUGCUCAAUCUUCAGGAACAGACUUGUCAGAAGCUAGUCAGCCUCAAGCCCUGCAGCAGUCUGUCCCUCUAUAGGCUUGGGGUCUCCCAGUUUGCCAAGUAUGAGAAUUGUCCCCCUGGAGACACUGCUAACAAAAUCCUGAAGGAAACCAUGACGUCAUACCAGGCCUGCAUUAGUAUGGAGGGAAAGCCUGCAUCAGGAGAUCCACCAGAAACACUAACAGAACAGCAGUGGUGGCAAGACAAAGUGAAGGCAGAAGAGGAAGAUCGAAAGGCAAAGGAAGCCAAGAAAGCCCCUCCACCAGCUGCCACUAAAGGAGGACCAGCCAAACCUGGACCCACUGCUAGGGGAGGGGGUGCAGCUGGAAGGGGAGCACCUGCUGUACGAGGGGCACCAGCAACCAGGGGGAGAGGCACGGCUACUACACCCGCCAGAGGAAUCAGUACCAGACUUUGUGGUGCUACUGCAGGAAGAGGAGGAUCAAACAGAGGUGGAGCUACUGCAAAGGCUCCUGCUGGAAAAGCGGCCCCCGCACCAACAGCACCAAAAGCCCCAGCAGGUAAAGGCGGGCAUCAGUGUGAGGCCACACCCUCUGCCAGUAAGGCUGGAGCCACAGCACCACCAGCUCAACCCAAGGAGGAAACCAAACCAGAAAACAUACCAGAAUCAAAACCAGCUGACAGUAAACCAGCCCCAAUCAACCAGAAAACUUACCAUCCAAGACUUGGAUUGGCCAGAGCAUAUAGGUCAUCUGGUGAUAUUGACCAAUCAAAGAAAUUCUACAAUGAAGUCAUGGUUAUGGCACCAGAAGUCCAUGAUGCUUGCAUCGAGUUAGCAGAGAUGUUGGCAAAGUCAGAUCCCAAGGGAGCUGUAGAUGUAUACUGUAAAUUCCAUAUUUCUGAUCCACCAACUUUUGAUGAUGGCUUCAUUCUUGGUGAAAUUGUACGUCUCCUGAUGAAGGCUGAGGACUAUGAGGAUAAGAGGCUUGUUAAGAACAUGAUUCUGUAUGGAAAAGUUUAUGGAUUAGCUGUUCUAGAAAAAUAUGUGAAAAUCUUAGAAGAAAAAUUUAAGAACAAGAUUCUGCAGGAAGUUUAUGCAGGUGUAAAUGGAAAAUCUGUGGAUGACCCAGAUAUGCAGGCCUUCUUUCAAUUUAGAUGCUGGUUGUAGUAUAUGAUCAUUAAGAUAUAGCUGAAAAUUAUGACCAGGGUAUUGAAUUCUGAUGGACAGACAACUGUAAACAGUACUGCACUUCCCAAGAGAGCAGUUAAUAGCGAGCAUAAUAGACAGAUAUACACAGGUCCAGGGCCUUUCAUUGUCAUUUUACAGAGGAAUGUAUAUGUCUUGGGUUUUUUGUUUUUGUUUUGUUUUUUUACUUUAAUCUCAUUAUCCAUUUAAUAUCAGUAAAUAGUUUUUUAGUGUUUGGUUAUUCAGUUUUUAAAUGUGUGCAUGCAUGCAUAUCAGGUUAUAUUUCUUUGUAACAAUUUUUUAUUUAUUUUUAUAAAAAUAAUUAAGUACUAAUGUUUGUAUCCAGAAUGAAUUCCCGAGAUUAUCUGCUGUUAAAAUCUAUUGAUGAGGUUGCCUGUGAUAUAGAUGUGCCAAAUGCCUCUGCAUCUUUGUAUGCGACUUUCUUUUUCCAAGUCUGUGAUUAAAUUUGUUUUUCAAAACAAAAA